GUCGUCGUCGUCAUUGUUCGGUUGGCGCACCUUUUAGAGGGAGGUGGCUGCGAGACGCGCCGCGCGGAAAUUCGGUUGCGCGCGCGUGGCCGCCCGCAGGAGCGGACACGCAGCAGCGGUGCGAUGUGCCCUUGCCCGAGCGAGCCGUUUGACGUGCACGGUGUGGCAUUCUGUCGUCAUCAUCAUCAUCAUCAUCAUCAUCAUCAUCAUCAUCAUCGUUGUCGUCGCUGACAUCCCUCACGCUCUCGUCGUCCCUCCAUUCAUUCAGUCCAUGAUCAAGGAGGCCAUCAUUGCCCACCCGGAGGAUGCGCGCAAGGGUAUCGGACGCCAGACCGUCAAGAAGUACAUCCAGACCAAGCACCCCAACACCGCUGCCGUGACCCCCGCGCAGUUCAACAAUCUGGUCAACAACGCCAUCAAGAAGGGUGCUGAGAAGGGUGUCUUCGUUCUCCCCAAGGGAGCCAGCGGCAGCGUCAAGCUUGCCCCCAAGGCCAAGGACGCCGCCAAGAAGAAGCCAGCUGCUAAGAAGCCUGCGGCCAAGAAGGCCACCACUGGUGCUGCCAAGCCCAAGAAGGCAGCCACGGCAAAGAAGGCCACGACCGCUACCAAGGCCAAGAAGCCCGCCGCCAAGAAGACUGCGUCUUCCACAACGAAGAAGGCGACUGCCAAGCCAGCUGCUAAGAAGCCCGCGGCCAAGAAGGCCGCUGCGCCCAAGAAGCUUACACGACCACCUCUCGCCGCUACCCAGGCCGCUGCACCCAAGCCAAAGAAGGCAUAAGUCUGUCGAGUGAAGAUGCUUUCCUCUCCGGCCGUCACCUUAUGUACUGCUCCUGCUCAUUCACUUGGCUCUAGACGGUCCGUCAACUCGGCACAGCCUC